CUUCCGAAUUCUGUGCCUAAUUCGCUUUGAUAUUUAAAUAGGGUCUUAUUUAUGAUUUUCUGCCAUGCUAAUAUCCGACCCUGAACUUUUACGAUGCUGGUACGGAAUGGGCGAAGUGUAUGAGUAUAAUUCCUGGAAGGAGUCCACGUGCGUGCGAGGCUCGGCCCUCGCCCCCUGCCGCGCGACUCCGCGCAGCCGCGCCGGCCGCCGCCGCGCCGCGCAGCCUGCCCGCGCACCCCGAACAUACACCACUUACUUAUUUCAUCAACGACGAACAAUUAAAACGCAAUGAAAACCUACUUUCUGGCCACAAGACAGAUACAAUAAACUACGAUGAACUUUGCCCCGUUCACUGGGCAUAUUCCGACGGCGGCAGCGAUCCCUACUAUCCACCAGUUCGCCGCAAAGUUUGGAUAUGAAGGCGGCGGGAGCAGCUCGGGUGGAGUGGUGCAGGAGACGCGCUACCAGGCGUCGGGCAGCGGCGGCGGCGUGCAGUUCGCGGUCACGCCGGGGACCGGCACCAUGGCCGUGGACGGAGUCAAGUUCCGGCAGGCUGAGAGCGUGGUCGUAGUCAGCAGUGCUCAGCCUGGCACUGUGGCGCUCGCUGGUCUAGCGCCCAUACACACAGUAAACACUGGCGUCAAGUACCAGACGAUAUCGGCGUCGUCAUCAGUGAACCUGGGCAACAUCGCAUACGGGGGACAAGCGAGCUACGUGCAAGCGGAGACAGUUCACCAGCACCUGAAGGCGGAGCAGCGCCCGGAGAAGCGCGAAUACAGGGAGGAACUGCACCACGACAUCAUGGCUACUAUGAUGCAACAGCAUCAAGGGAUCAAUGCACAAGCGACGCCACUACAGCAGGGCACUCAACAGCUCCUCGUUGUGCUGCACGAGCCCAAGGAAGCCGCAGCCAUAGCGAGAGCCAUCAAGCAGGAAGGGCGCAACGAUCGCGCCGGAGCCACCGCGCCCGCUGAGUUUAUCAGCAUCGGGGAUGUGACCGACAGCUCGACGUGGCAGACCCUGGGUGGUGGUGUGGCUGAUUACCUGUCAGCCCUGCCACUGCCACUACAUCAUCUUCUCAAGUACUCCACGCCUGCGAAUGUGGUGGAGAGCAAGAGAGAGGAACAGCCUACUAUUGUGACGACUGUCAAUGCUAACGCGUUGAAUGCUAUGCCUACUAUCGCUACGGUGACAAACGCAGUGAACAGCGUGGUGGUACAGACUGCGACGAUAGUCAACCAGAACACCAACACCAUCGUCAUGUCCAAGAAGAAGAAGAAAAAGAAAUCCAUGAAAGAGAAGAAGCCGCGACCGAAGCCGGGGGAGAUACGACUCACUACUGCUUUAGACGGCAGCACAUUGUAUUGCUGUCCAGAAUGUCACAUGGCGUACCCUGAGCGAGAGUUGUUAGAACAGCAUCUAGUCGGACACACCAUGGAGCGAAGGUUUAUCUGUGACAUCUGCAACGCUGCUCUGAAGCGUAAGGACCAUUUGACUCGCCACAAACAGUCGCACAACCCGGACCGGCCGCACGUAUGCUCCGUGUGUCUCAAGGCGUUCAAGAGGAAGGAACAGCUCACGCUGCACUUCGUCAUACACUCGGGAGAGAAGAGGCAUGUGUGUAAUGAGUGUGGGAAAGGUUUCUACCGCAAAGACCAUCUCCGCAAGCACACCCGCUCCCACAUAGCUCGUCGCGUCAAAGCGGAGAUGUCUCAACAAGGCUCUUCAUCGUCAUCCCCGCCGCUCUCUCACGCCGUGCCCGCGCCCGCGCCCGACCCCUCCUGACCGCACUCCGACGACAAGAACUCGAACGACCUCCUCACUCUCAUCGCAGCUGCUAAGGACGCUUUUUAAGUAGGUGGGUAAUGAUGGCUCCAAAUUGGUGCCAAUAUUCGUGCCAACAAAUUAACUUCCAAAAAAGAACGUGGAUUUUUAGUAUAUUUUUUUCCUACAAGAAAAUAUAAACCAACUUCACAAAACAAUGAGAGGGACAAAAUUGUGAUAGGCUGUAGAAGUCAGUGGAUAAAAAAACACAGUCAACUGAUCAUAAGUUUUAUUUUGUCUCUUUCAGUGUUUUGUGAAUUCGGUUUCUUUUUGUAAAAAGUUUUUUCUUUACCAAAGUAAAGACAAAUUCCCAAUGUUGGCUCGAGUGUUGGGCCCAAGAUAGGAGCCGAGGUAGUAGGAGGUGAGUUGAUUGUAAAUAGGUGAUGUGGAACAUGCUUGUAAAUAUAAGUAAGGAUAUAUUGGUAAAGUGCGAUCAAAAUUUUAAUAGGAAAGAUAUUUGGGUCAGGGAAUUGAAUUUCGUUGUAGUUUCGUUCGGCUUUUGGCAAAAGUUAGAAAAGAUGCAUGGAAUGAAGAUUUGAUAAAUUGAAACUGGGAAGACAUCAACUCUCCUCUCUAGUACAAUUGUAUUAGGAAGACAUUAACGUAUAGGACGUAUGUAAUAAAUAAACACCAGUAAGUAACUGCACAGUGAGAUAAACUUAUCCCGAAGCAAUACCUUUUAGAAUUGCAUUUAUGAAUACUUUUAUGUACGGGUAGUGGACUUCACAUGCUUAAUCGAUCUACUUUUAAAUAGCAGUAUUUUUUAUUGUAAUCUGUAAAUAUUUUUUUCUAAAAGAAAAGGAUCUAAAAUGUUAUUUUCUGAUGUGAUAUGGAAGGUUACCAAUCUAGUCAAACGUUAGGUUUUAGUCUACAGACAGCCCAGUUUUUUUGUGUAAACUGAAAUAUUAUAAAGUUUUGGAAUAUUUUUAGAGAAAAUUGGGUUUUGACUAGGUUACACGAAUGUUUUUAGCUUAAAUCAUUUUAUGAAUUCUAUAGUUAUUAUGUAGUGUAUUUAUGAUUAUUAGAUAUACAUUUUGUUAUUAGGAGCUCAAAAGACCUAUAAUUUGUUUUGUUAUUUGCGAAAUAAAUGUUGUGUUAAAUAUUAACUUUGGGGGUAAUGUAAGAAAAAAUAAAGUUAUGUAAGCUCACAAUUGUACCAUGGAGCCAAAGGUAUAUUUUGCUGUGAUGUAAAUUUUUAUACUUAUGUACAUUAAUUGUGUUAUGUUAUUUAUAUAAAUUUUAAAUGUUGUCACCUGUAAGGGUUGUUUUCGUUGUUCGUUUGAUGUCCGUCGGUGUUCAGUUCAGUGAUUUGAUGUAACGGUAAUUAAAUGUUUAUGCAAUAUAGCUGUUAUGUACCAUAGAAUGUUUGUUCAUAACUUGUAUAUUAGUACUAUACUAUAGUACGGGUAGUUCACAUAGGUACGUACAAAACAUAUUUUUAUAGUAAAAUGGACGUUCAGUCUUAGAUGUUCGAGUAACUUGUAUUUGAAAAAGUUAAAAAAGUACAAAAUCGUUUUUAACGUUUAUGUUGAGAUUGGAUUCUAUUUUUUUAAGUAAAAAAAAUAUAUGUUUGUGUUCCUAGAUCGCUGUAAUAUUGUAAAUGCGACAAAGUCAUAGAUGGAAACACAAAAUGAAGAAAUAACAAAAAUAUUAAAUAUCUUUACAUAUUAAACGCAACUUUUUUAGAUUAUAUUGUUUUUAUAUUAUUAUAUUCGUUGCAUUUGCUUGUGUCUAGUGUAGGAAGUGCGAAAUAGUAGCAUUUACAUAUAUUUUAUUAUUUUCGGUGACUAUUUCACUCCUACCCUAGACACCAGUAUACGAGUAAAUAGGAAUCCUUAUAUACUUUGACAAGUAAUAUAAAAUAGUACAUAAUUAUAUCCAGCUUCCCUUUACCGACUUUGUGCUUUCGUAUUUUAACUUAAAUAUAUAACAUUUUA